GCUCGCUAUUCCGGUGCAGUCCGUCCCGCUAUUGACUUUCACAUCAUAUUACCUCCUAUAGAAGUUGGAUUUUCUGGGACCUGCUAAAAUGCUUACGCUAAUUGGUUCAUGUGCCGUCCCUUCUUCGGGGAGUUGGCGCUUGUGGUUGGAUAUGUGUACCUACUUUAUAGAUAACCUAGGAGAGAUCGACAGGCACUUAUAUGUAGAUCUAGCCUCCGUGUGAGACCUCAGAUAGUUUAUCUUUAAGUGUUACCGAUCUUGUAUACUUAAGUGUCUACCUAGGUAUUCACACAUUUGGUAACACCUCUUGACUUUCCUAGACCGUCGAACAACCUCAUUCCUUCCACAAUGAGGUUCUCUUACGCCAUCAGCGGACUGCUAUCUGCUAACGCGGUUCUUGCUGCGCCGGCUCCCAUGCCUAUGCCAACACCUCCUGGCAUCCCAUCCGCUUCAUCUGCUAAAUCGCAACUCGCUGCCCUCACCGUUAAAGCGGCUGUCGAUGACGGUGGUUACAAGCGAGACCUAUUCCCCACAUGGGAUACCAUUACGGGAACCUGCAACACGCGCGAGUACGUGUUAAAGCGGGACGGUACCAACGUAGAGGUUGGCUCAGACUGUUAUCCCACGAGUGGUACUUGGACUAGUCCCUACGAUGGUGGCAAAUGGACGGCUCCGUCCGAUGUCGAUAUUGAUCACAUGGUGCCGUUGAAGAAUGCUUGGAUCUCCGGUGCCAAUGCAUGGACGACAGACAAACGUGAGCAAUUCGCAAACGACGUCGAUCGACCGCAACUUUGGGCUGUAACGGAUAAUGUCAACUCAGCUAAGGGUGACAAGUCUCCUGAUACGUGGAAGCCACCUCUAUCUAGCUUCUACUGCACUUACGCGAGCGCCUACGUCGCCGUUAAGAGCCACUGGGCUUUAACCAUUACUUCGGCUGAGAAGUCAGCUCUGAGUGACAUGCUGGGUACUUGUUAAAUAGAUUAUGAAAGAUUAGCCUUAGCAUAUGAAAGAAGAUGGCCCGAGAGGAACUGGGGGAAAUAAGCCUCAUCUUACGAAUAGCAAGGUGAACAAUAUGGUACAUUUUAUAUCAUUCAUAAGUCAUGGAUUGUGUAUCAGGGAAU